UACCUUUGACUUUACCAGACUUUGACAUACACUAUAUAAAGCCCUCUGCUCUAUGUGACGGCAGCAGCACAGCAUAGCUGAACAAGACUACACAAGCAUAAUGGGGAAGAUCAUCUUCUACGAGGACAGAAAUUUCCAGGGUCGCUCUUAUGAGUGUAACUCUGAAUGUCCUGAUAUGUCCUCAUACUUCAGACGCUGCAACUCCAUUCGUGUGGAAAGUGGAAAUUGGAUCCUGUAUGAACAUUCAAACUACAGAGGACACCAGUAUUUUCUUCACAUAGGAGAAUAUCCUGACUUCCAGCAAUGGAUGGGUUAUAAUGAUUCCAUUAGGUCUUGUCGUCUUAGCCCCCAGCAUCAGGGUUCAUCUAGGAUCAGGAUCUAUGAGAGAGAAGACUUCAAAGGUCAGAUGAUGGAGUUCACUGAAGACUGUCCUCAUAUCUAUGAGCGAUUCCGCUAUCAUGAUGUUCAUUCUGUCCAUGUACAAGAUGGAUAUUGGAUGUUCUAUGAGGAGCCCAACUACAGAGGACGUCAAUAUUACCUGAGACCUGGAGAGUACAAAAGAUACACUGACUGGGGAGCCACAGACCCAAGAAUUGGAUCCAUCAGACGUCUUCAUCAUUCCUAUUAGUUAACUAUGUACAUUUAAUAAAUUAUUCAAAAUAA